CGGGCUCGCCGGCGGUGUGAGGCGGCGCUCCCGGGAAGGCGGGGCUCCUGCCGCGCCCUGCGCGCCCGCGGCAGGGGAGCGCGGGCAGCAUGGGGGUGGCGCCGCUGCUGCGCGCCGUCAUCAUGGGGCCGCCGGGCUCCGGGAAAGGCACCGUCUCCGCUCGGAUUAUCAAGCACUUCGGCGUGAAGCACCUCUCCAGCGGCGACCUGCUGAGGGACAACAUGCAGAGGAAGACAGAAGUGGGAAUCCUUGCCAAGUCCUACAUUGACCAAGGGCAGCUUAUUCCAGAUCACAUCAUGACACAACUAAUGCUGAAUGAGAUAAAAGGUCUAGACCAGUACAACUGGCUAUUGGAUGGUUUCCCCAGAACUGUUGCUCAGGCAGAAGCCCUCGAUAAAGAAUGUCACAUAGACACUGUGAUUGACCUAGACGUGCCAUUUGAGACCAUAAAGUGUCGGCUUACAGCACGCUGGAUCCACCCUGCCAGUGGCAGAGUCUACAAUCUUGAAUUCAGUCCUCCCAAAGUGCAGGGCAUUGACGACAUCACUGGAGAGCCGCUUGUUCAGCGUGAUGAUGACAAGCCAGAGACUGUCAGCAAGAGGCUUCAGGCUUACGAUGCACAAACAAAACCUGUUCUAGAAUAUUAUCGGAAAAAAGGGUUAUUGAAAUCCUUUUCUGGAACAGAAACUAAUAAGAUCUGGCCACAUAUCUAUGCUUUCCUUCAAAUGAAGUUGCCAGAUGUGAGCCAGAAAGAUGCUGCCAACCCCAGGUGAAAAUAGAUCAAACUUCUGCUCAUCUGUUACAGCUCACUCCUAAUUAUAUGAGAUUCUGCAAUCAAGGAUUUGUCCAAGUACUCUACCAGACUUAUCAAUAAAUUAAGUCUAAUGCUGUUCUUAACUUACACUAUGGUGAAAUUUUGUUGCCUGUGGUUGCCACUUCAAUGCUGUAUUUUUUAUAUUAAAUAUAUCUAAUUUUAAAAAUACAGUAACUGUCUUUAACAAAA